AUGCCCAGCUUGGUUGAUCCAUCUUAUGAACUUAUUGAUCCAUGUCCCGAUAUUCACGCGCUUUUUGUUCAAUUCGACACUAGGUAAAACUUUUAAUUUUUAAUAACUUGCAAAAAACCAACCUGAUUUUUUCAGAUUCUUUGGUUCUUCUCUUCAAUGUUGUGAAGUAAAAUGGAGUCCAAGGAUGUACUCGUGAGUUUUUAUUUUUCAGCAUAUUACAAUUUCUGAAAAUAAAAAAGAAUGAAAAAUAGGAUAGCGUCGAGUUGCUAUGGUCAACCGGCUUUUGUUAUUUAAAAUUCUGAAGUUUUAUUUUUUAAAGGUGCGCUGGAAUAUGCUCGUAUGAAGUGAGAGGUGGGAGAGGUGGUCUUUGUUCGAUUCGACUUAGCCAGCCAUUAUUGAAAUUAAGACCUAGAAAGGAUUUAGUCGAGACUCUUUUGGUAAGAUAAAUUUAUUUCGAUGAGAAGAAGUUUUUUUUUUUAAAUAAAACUCUUGAAAGUCACACAAACUAUUUAUAGAAAAAAAAAUAUAUGUCUAGAACGCUAUUCAGAUAAUUACUCCAAUUAUUCUAACUCUUUUUUCAGCACGAAAUGAUCCAUGCUUAUUUAUUUGUAAAGGAAAGAAAUCGAGAUCGUGAUGGGCAUGGUCCCCAAUUCCAGGCGCAUAUGAAUAGAAUCAAUUCAGAAAGUGGUACUAAUAUUACUAUUUAUCAUACAUUUCAUGAUGAAGUUGCACUUUAUAAACAACAUGUUUGGAGGUUUGUUGGGAAAUUUUCUAUUUUUACGAAUCUUGUUUUCACACUUUCUGAAGGAAGAAACUAAGCUAGGAAAAUUGACUUACAUUGCUAGUUUUGAACAUAAAAUCUGUUAUGCCAAUUUUAGAAAUCUUUAAAUUUUUUCUCAUGAAUUUUUUCCAAACGUGAGCUUUAGUUUUUUCAUGUGGAAAAUUAUUGAAAAACAGAACCCAUUUAUUUCAUUUUCAGAUGCGAAGGUUCAUGUCGAAAUCGUCGUCCAUUUUUUGGUUAUGUAAAGCGAUCUUCUAAUCGUGCACCAGGUCCAAAUGAUCGUUGGUGGAGUCAACAUCAAGCGAAUUGUGGUGGACAAUUUAUAAAGAUAAAAGAACCUGAAGGGUAUGGACAGAAAAGAGGAAGAAAGAAAAAAGAAAAUGAGACGAAGACUGAUGAUAGGAAGAAAACGCCGAAUUUAGAUGAUUAUUUUGGAAAUAAAGAUGUCAAAGAAAAGAAGAGUGGAGGAGUUCCUGUUGAAAGUAUUGUGCCAUUUAGUGGCACUGGACAAAUGUUAGGAGGAGGAUCAACCAGUUUUCCUGGAAGCGGACAACGACUUGGUGGAAAUACUCAGAGAUCAAGUAUCCAGAUGCCACAGAUUUCUCAAAAACCAUCAAGUUCGACGAAACCUAUUGAAGUUAUAGUUCUUGAUGAUAGCGACGAAGAAGAUGAUUAUUUAGAAGCUUCAUUUGUUGUUGUUGAUAAUUCGAAUUCGAAAACGACGACAAGAGUUAUUUGCCCAUCGUGUAAUGAAAAUGUUUUAGAAAUUUUGAUUCAUGAUCAUCUUGAUCAUUGUUUAGGAUAA